AUAGAUACAGAUGGACUCGAAGGAGAAGGGAAAGGGGGAAGGAAAACAGCAGCUUAACACUUGAAAAUCUAAAACUAAAAACCCACAGGUCCACAGGCAGUUACUCUUUGUCCUUGUCGUUUGCACCUACAACAUCUACACAGCUACCAAUAAGCAAAGAAAGAAAGACUCUUGUUUGUGUUACUUUUUCAUUGAUUUAUCCAGUCAAUAACAAAGCAAAACAGCUCUUUUUUAGAGAGAGAAAGAGAAAUGAAGGAGAAGAGUGAAAGUGGAGGUGGGUAUGUAAGAGCAGAUCAGAUAGAUCUGAAAAGCUUAGAUGAACAGCUCCAAAGGCAUCUAAGUAGAGCAUGGACUAUGGAGAAAAACAAGAGCAAGAAAGAUGGAGAAGAAGAAGGAGAAGGAGUAGUAGUACGAAGAACCUUGAAUAAUAACACUGUAACUAGGCAAGAAUGGGAGAUUGACCCUUCUAAGCUUAUAAUCAAAAGUGUUAUAGCUCGUGGCACUUUUGGCACUGUUCAUCGUGGCAUUUAUGAUGGCCAAGAUGUUGCUGUUAAACUUCUUGAUUGGGGGGAGGAGGGUCACAGGUCAGAUGCUGAAAUAGCUUCACUUAGAGCAGCUUUUACACAAGAAGUUGCUGUUUGGCAUAAGCUUGAUCAUCCUAAUGUAACUAAGUUCAUUGGAGCGACGAUAGGAUCAUCAGAGUUGAACAUACAAACCGACAAUGGUCAUAUUGGCAUGCCAAGUAAUGUUUGUUGUGUUGUUGUUGAAUAUUGUCCUGGAGGUGCUUUGAAAUCUUACCUAAUAAAGAACAGGAGAAGGAAGCUGGCUUUUAAAGUGGUUAUUCAACUGGCGCUAGAUCUUGCUCGAGGGUUGAGCUAUCUCCAUUCCAAGAAGAUUGUCCAUAGAGAUGUUAAAACAGAAAACAUGCUUCUUGACAAGACACGUACAGUGAAAAUAGCUGACUUUGGUGUUGCUCGCAUGGAAGCAUCAAAUCCUAAUGACAUGACUGGAGAAACUGGAACACUUGGAUACAUGGCACCAGAGGUUCUCAAUGGCAGCCCAUAUAAUAGAAAGUGCGAUGUUUACAGUUUUGGUAUCUGCCUGUGGGAGAUAUACUGCUGUGACAUGCCAUAUCCAGACCUCAGCUUCUCAGAAGUUACAUCUGCUGUUGUCCGACAGAAUCUGCGGCCAGAAAUACCUCGAUGUUGCCCAAGCUCCCUUGCAAAUGUAAUGAAGCGAUGCUGGGACGCCAACCCUGACAGGCGGCCAGAGAUGGAAGAGGUUGUGUCCAUGAUAGAGGCAAUUGACACAUCCAAGGGUGGAGGUAUGAUCCCAGGUGAUCAGCCACAAGGUUGUCUUUGUUUCCGCAGGUGCCGAGGGCCGUAAAUGUUUUGAGGAUAUCAGAAAGUUUGGUUCUGAAGUUCCAAUAGGCAUCUUAUUCGAUUGAAGAGAUUGUUGGGAGGUUAUAGUAAACUGCGGAGGCUAUACACUUAGAGGGAGCCCUGCAGUUUUAACUGUUUCUUUGAUGGGAUUAUGCUUUCUGUAAAGCUUUCUUUCUUUAAAUCUGUGUUAUCAAAAUCUUAUUUGACUGACCAUUCAUUGCAUGGAUGAGUCAGAUACACUUUUUUUUCUUUUUCCUGUAUGAUGAGCUUUUUUAUAUCAAAUUGUUUUGAUCAUCAGGUGCCAAAUAAA